GCAGCUCGGUUCUCAGUGAUUGGGCCCGAUCACCCUGUCACAGCUGUGGUGGGGGGGCACAUCGUGUUACCCUGUCACCUGUCCCCCAACAUGAGCGUGGAGAACAUGGAGGUGAGAUGGUUCCGACAUGAGUUCACUCCCUUUGUGCACCUGUACCGGCACGGGGAGGAAGAGUUUGGGCAGCAGAUGCCCGAGUAUCAUGGCAGGACGGAGCUUUUGACAGACGGCAUCGCAGAUGGGAACGUGGACUUGGUAAUUCUCAAUGUCAGGCCCUCUGACGAAGGACAGUACCGCUGUUCUGUUCAGGAUGGUGACUUUCAGGAGGAAGCUGUACUGGAACUGGAGGUUGCAGUUUCAGGCUCUGCUCCUCAGAUCUCCAUGGAGGGUUACCAGGACGGAGGGAUCCUGAUGGUCUGUCAUCUGGCCGGGUGGUACCCAGAGCCCGAGGUGCUGUGGAGAGAUCUCAGCGGGCAGCUUUUAUCUUCCUCGGUGGAAACCAAAUCCAGAGAUGCCCAGGGGCUCUUUGAAAUCAAAAGUUCCCUCGUUGUGACCGAGCGCUCCAACCAGAAUGUGUCCUGUUCUGUCAGAAGCGCCCACUUCAGCCUGGAGAAGGAUCCCUCGACAUUCUAUAUGUCAGACUCCUUUUUCCCAAGAGCCUCUCCCUGGAUGGUGGGCUGGAGUGUGACCUUGGUGAUUUUGUUGCCAUUCGUCUGCCUGGCUUCGUUUCUGUUUAGAUUAACAGGUAAAAUUCGCACAGAGCUAGAGUGGAGGAGAGCCCUGCGUGACGCAGCCAACGUGACUCUGGAAGCAGACAUGGCACAUCCCUGGCUCAUCCUGUCGGAGGAUGGGAAACGUGUGAGAUGGAGAUGCACACAGCAGCCACUGCCCAACACCCCCGAGAGAUUUGACAAUUGGUUCUGUGUGCUGGGCCGCAAGGGUUUCAUCUCGGGGAGACAUUACUGGGAGGUGGAGGUGGAGGUGGGGGAUGGGCAAUAUUGGGCUGUGGGGUAACCAGAGAGUCUGUAAGAAGGAAGGGAUUGAGCACCCCAAACCCCAAG